AUAUGUAUGUGGAGCGAGCUCACCCCACUUGGUUCGUUCGACUCAAGUAGCAUAGUGUAGAUAGAGUCUAGUCUAAAGCAUAGGGCAUAGCGUAGCCAAAUUAAUAUUGGGAUUUGUUUUGUUUGUUUUCUUCCGUGCGGCCGGCGUUGAUUGUAUAAAAGCCCAGCGAUGUUACAGAAAUGACUUCAACGGACACAUAUCAGUUAAAAUGGCACUCGCACAGCGCGCAUUUGAACGGUUCCGUGGCUUCAUUGCUACGGUCCGAACGAUUUACCGAUGUGGUGCUCUGCACGAUGGAUGGAUCACAGAUUCCUGCUCACAAAUUCAUCCUCAGUUCAUGCAGUGUGUACCUGGGCGGGCUGUUCGAGGGCCAGAGGUCGGUGACCCGGAUGGGAGGCAUGUUAUAUGUGGUCUUGCCAUCGGAGAUUUCCACGAAAGCUUUAAAGAUUCUCGUUGAAUACAUGUAUAAAGGUGAAACAACAGUGUCAAACGAAGUCCUAGAUACAGUUUUAAAAGCAGGUGAAGUCCUCAAAAUCCGCGGUCUAUGGAGGCAAACGGACGAGGCAGGAGGUGACUCGACUCCUGCAGAGAAAACCUCAACCAAUUUGAACAAACAGGUUGCUAUCGCUAAGAAACCAGAUGAUGCAGCAAAGAUUGCUAUUAAGAAGGAUGAUAAGCUGCUUAAGACGUUUAACCCAGGCCAGAUUCAAACUCCAGGACAAGUCACAAGGCCAAUGUUUAUUGGGCCACCAAAACUUGUGUUCAUCAAAACAACUGAAGGAGGGACUCAAGCAGCCCUAAGGCCUGGGGCUCCUAAAGGGCAAACAAUCCUUGUAGCCCCAGCUCCUGCCACUGCAGAAACUCCUACAUAUGCUAACAUUGCCCCAGCACCGGCACCAACACCAAAUAUUGUAACCACAACAACAAUAGCUGACGACUCUCCUGAUGAAGCCCCUCCUCCGAGAAUACUACGUAGGCAGACCGAAAGGAAAUAUGGAAAAAGACAAAAGACUGACAUUAGUAUUGAAGUGGAAGAAUCAAAAGAUGAAGAUACGCAAGACAGUGUUUCUGUCACUUCAAAAAAAUCGAAUCAGAGCACAACAGAAAUCCAAAUAAAAGAUGAACCAGACUGGGACGCUAGCAGCAUUGAAGAGGAGGAACGGUCCAUAGCAGAGAUGUUCCAAGCUGAAAUGAGUGUGAAGUCUGAACCUGUGGAUGAUGUGGACAUUGAGGAAGAGAGUUUGAUCUACAGUCCUUUGGCAUGCGAGCUGUGCGCGGAGGUGUUCACGGUGCCGGCGGCCUGGGUGCGCCACGUGCAGGGCCACGCGCGCUCCGACACGCAGCACGCCCGGAAGAGGAAGCACCGCUCUGCUAGCGACGACACAGAGGAAACUAUGGCCCUUCUCAAAUGCGAUUUAUGCCAGAAACACUUCCCGAAUCCAGCCGAGUGGGUGCGGCACAUUCAAAGCACGCACACUGAAACAGAAUUGGCCAUAUCAAACAACAGUGCCCCACCCAAACGUCACAAUCGUUUCACAGAGGGCGCGCAAAACAAGACUUGCACGCAAUGCAAGAAGAAUUUCCCGUCCCAUGCUUCGAUGCUCAUACACAUGCGUACGCACACAGGCGAGCGUCCAUUCAUAUGCGGGUUGUGCAACAAGGGUUUCAACGUGAAGUCCAACUUGUUGCGGCACCUCCGCACUCUCCACGACCAGAUCAUCAGCCGCGCUGCUGGCGGAGGGCGACGACCAGGAGGAGCCUGUGCCCGGGCCCUCCGAGGUCAAGAGGGAGUCCUGAGGACGAGGAGGGGGGGCAGGAAGAGGGCGCGGGCGUCGCACACCGUACAUGAGUGCGAUGGUGGACGCCAACCGCCGCGCCAACGAGAAGAAGAAGCAACCGGGCGCGGCGGGCGCCGGCGCCGGCGCCGCAGCCGCAGCCGCAGCCGCGGCGCUCCCGCGCAAGCAGAGCUACUCGCUCUUCCUCAAGCAGCGCGCCGUGCUCUUCUCGGCCAAGAAGUGGAAACAGUGAUCACAACUCUAUGAGUCACCGCGGAUAAUUUAAACCCUAAACUUGGCUUUGGAUAAAAAGUAUGUUUUUUUUCCUUUUUAACAGUUUCGCGCUUUAAACUUAAAAUUUCGGACAUGAAACGUUUAUUAGUUGCGGUUUUCAGUAAUGAAUGAAUGCAUUCAUCAGCGCCGCAGUCGAGCAGAUUGUUAAAUUUCCUUAUAAUGUCACAACCGCUUGAAACAGAUAAUUGGGCCAUGAAAUAUAUUCAAGACUUUAAUAAAUGAAGGCGCCCAUCUUACUGGGCGCUGGCGCCUUGUUUAAUUUCGCCUGCAGUAGGUAUCUAAUAAUAGUUCCAUGCUGCUAGUAUGUAAUUUUAAGUACCUAUAAUCACACACAUAAUAAAGUCGGAUAGGUCCAAGAUCAACAUUUUUCUAAAUAAACAAUUAUAAACAACUUUUUGCCAAGCAAGUUUAGGUCAUUUGCUAAAAUAAAGCAAUGUUUUUCAUUUGAAGGUGACUCAUCCGUUGUCUUCAUGACUCGUUACGCGAUUUGUACGUUCAUUUGUUACGUAUUUUACGUUUAUCAAAAAUCGUGGCGAAGUCGUUGGUUCAUUCACUUCUCCUGCCUCACCCUCCUUAUCAUUUUAAUAUUUAUUUUAUUCUAUAAUCCCUAGUUAACAUAAGUUUUUUAACAUUUGAUCUGACUUUUGAGUCUAAUAUUAUAAUUUUCAGUGCUGAGAUAGUAGUGCUAAUGUGUCUAUAUAAUAACGAUACCAUUAUAAGUUUGAAGAUAGAAACAAAUUUUCUAGUCCGUUUUUUAGUUACUUAAUUAACUUUUAAGUGUGAAUAGUGAAGAUGAUUAAUGCUUUAUUACAUUACAUAAAGUUGUAAUUAACGUAUUUCAUUUGAUUAGCCAUUAUUUUCUGUCUCAAUUUUCACAAUACUAUCUUACCUUACGUAAGAUCAGUUUUGAAUCCAGUGUGUUUGUACGUGUUAUGUAGAUUAGCUUGUAUUCCAUAUUGUAAUAAUUAUUGCUAUGUUUUGAAUAAUUACGUUUUAAUUUCUUAAAUACUCAUGUAAGACAUGGACAAGAACAAUUUGUUUUUCAAAUUUUAUAUGAUAAGUGAUAGAAAAUAAACAUUUUAACAUGUA